GUUUUUGCUGCGUAAACGGAUAAAACCAUAAAAGACUGCCGACUCGCCGCAGAGCAGAGCAGCCGGUCUUUAAUAAGAAGAACGCCAACGAUUCCUCCGUCGAAAAUUUACAGGAGCUGUUCUUCGCUCGAACCUUUGAUCAUGAAUAUCAGUGGUCAGGCGUGACAGCCCCGUUAGGAAUAAAAUAGUUCAAUGCAUUGCGUUUCUUCUUUGUGAAUCAUUCAGUUUCAGAAACAAAGUGAAACAUCAUGUCAGUACCAAACUUGCUGAAUCCCCAGAUCCGAAGACCAUUCUCUUUCCCUCCAUCUUCGAUUCUUUCUUCCACCACCUCUUACAAGCUUCCACUUCUUAAAACACCCAAAUUCCGCGGAAAAGUUUGUUGCCUAUCAAAUUCUUCCCAAACCUCAGUUUCCCAGCAAAAUUAUUUUCUCGAGGAAGAGCAUGUAAUCGGGGACUGUCUUGUGUUUGAAGAUGGGAUCUUUGAAGAUCCGUAUCUCCAUAGGCAAACAAACUAUGAAAGUCACGUGUCAGAUAAACCCAAUAAAAAGAAGUUGAAUGAAGUUGAACCUCAGAAUUUGGUGCCAGACGACUGGAGAGAGGUGCAAGCAGAGCUAAAUAUCAGCAAGAAAGACAAACGAAAGAUUGCCCAGGAGUUGGAAUUUGGUCGCAGAGUGGAGAAGAGAAAACAGGGAUAUGCGCCUUUAAGGAGUGUCAGCUUGGAAGAAUACAAGGCGUACAGAGAGGCUAAGUUGGCACAGUUGAAACCGGUUGUGCUUGAUAAUCCCACUAGUUUCACUGGGAAAGAGGAUGAUAAGGAAGAUUCUGAAGGAGAAAAAAGAGAGUCUGAAAGGGUGGUGCCAAAGAAUCCCAGAAGGGCAGUUUAUGGAAGGGGGUUGGAGGAUGUAACUGAGUUCUUCAAUAGUGGGAACUAUGAGCCUGGCGGUAGAAGUGUUGAAGGUCCGGGGAAACUAUUCACAAAAGAGGAAAAGAUGUUGCUAAAUAAGCGGGUUCCAGACCUAGCCGCUGCCUCUUCUGACAAAUGGCUACCUCUACACACUCUUGCUGCAUCAGGAGAAUUUUAUCUUGUAGAUGCUUUGCUAAAGCAUGAUGUAGACAUCAAUUCAGUAGAUAAGGAUUGCUCGACUGCACUUCACAAAGCAAUCAUUGGUAAAAAGCAGGCAAUUACCAACUAUUUAUUAAGAGAAUCUGCUGACCCACUUGUUCGGGAUAAGGAUGGUGCGACCUUGCUACACUAUGCAGUGCAAACAGCUUCAAGUCAGGCGAUUAAGAUUCUUCUUUUGUACAAUGUAGACAUAAACCUCCAGGACAAUGAUGGAUGGACUCCGCUGCAUCUGGCUGUUCAGACAAGAAGAACUGAUAUUGUGAGGCUCUUGUUAAUCAAAGGAGCUGAUAGGACGAUAAGGAACCAGGAUGGUUUGACUCCACUGGAGCUAUGCCUGUACUCGGGUCGGGAUUCAAGGACUUACGAGCUCAUCAAACUUCUGAAGCAGCUUCCAGGGUCACGAUAAAGGUUUGAUCUACAUUCGGGAAAGAGAAGCAGAUAGAAGCUAGACUACUCUGUGGUAUUGAAACUAAUUUGGGUUUGCUCCUUAAGAUCCAAAACCUGCCAUGGUCAGUGUAUUUACACUUUUUUGAUGGUUUAUUUAUAAUCUCUACAUAAUUCAUGUAAUGGUUACUAAUUACUACAAAUGUAUUAAUUAAUUACAAAGAAAUAAUGGUUGGCAUCAUAUUUUGGGA